AUGAACUCCAUGCGUUUCGCUCGCGCCGCUCUGCGGGUUCGUCCUACGGCUUUGAAGGCCCCGGUCAUGCGCCGAGGGUAUGCUGAGGCUGUUGCGGAUAAGAUUAAGUUGAGCUUGGCUUUGCCUCAUCAGUCCGUCUACAGGUCCCAAGAUGUCGUCCAAGUUAACAUCCCCGCCGAAUCCGGUGAAAUGGGUAUCCUCGCCAAUCACGUUCCAUCCAUCGAACAGUUGAAGCCAGGUCUCGUUGAGGUUAUCGAGGAGAGUGGUGGAAGCAAGCAAUUUUUCCUUUCCGGAGGAUUCGCAGUCGUUCAACCAAACUCUUCAUUAAGCAUUAAUGCAGUAGAGGGAUUCCCAUUGGAGGAUUUCAGUGUAGAGGCAGUUAGGUCACAAAUUGCUGAGGCUCAGAAGAUUGUUGGAGGAAGUGGAAGUGAGCAAGAUAUUGCUGAGGCUAAGAUUGAGUUGGAGGUUUUGGAGACCUUGCAAGCACAUCUCAAGUAG